CACACCCAGACAACCGACUGCCCCCCACACACGCACACAUCAAGCAGCAGCUGAUCCACCAGUCGAUCGAUCCGACAGCUAGCUAGCCAUGGCCGCCGGGAGGAAGAUGACGAUGAGCAGCGCCGGCGUGGCCGCCGCGCUGGUGGCGCUGCUGGUCGUGGCGGCGGCGUCGGGCGCGGCCGGGCUCAGGGUCUGCAACGUGGACAGGGACAGCGUCGUCAACAACUGCAAGUCCUACUGCACGGUGGGCAGCACGGAGGCCAGCCCCAGCGGCGCGUGCUGCAACGCGGUGCGCGGCGGCAACUUCAAGUGCCUCUGCCAGUUCAGGAACGCGCUGUCCCCGGACAUCGACGGCAACCGCGCCAUGCAGAUCCCCGCCAAGUGCGGCUACGGGGCGGCCUCCUGCUAGUCACCGUCACGCACUAUGCAGCCCGAUACGCGCCGGCCGCCGCGGUCCGCCGCCGGUCGCCGGUUGCACCAGUAGAUCGUAACGUGGUGUUUUGCUGUCAACUUUCAGUCGUUCGUAGGAGCACGUACGUUCUGGUCGGCUGGCUGAUCCGAACGCGCUCCUGCGUGCGUGCAUGCAUGCUUUGUGUUGGCCAUGCAUGCUAGUACCUUUGUAUCCUCUUCUGCUUUUCGUAAGUGAUGUUGCUGUGUGUCUACAGCCAUGUCGCAGAAAUAAACUUGUUUCCCGUGUUAGUUAA